AUGUGUGUGUGUGCCUCUCUCUUCUCCUCUCUCUGUCGAAUUCUCCUUUUGAUAAUGUCUAGUGCGACUGCGGUUAACAAUGAGGAGAGUACCCUAUGCAAUCCCAACAAUCCUGAUGAUAGCCUUUGCACCGAUGAGUUUGAAAUAAUCUCCAGUGACACACUCGAUAAUGCAGCACCAGAGCAUGCAAACGAGACCGUUUCGCAAUGGACUAUGCAACAUAGCAUCAACGUUGAGUCUCUUGUUCCACUAAACAGUCUUGCAUCGUUGCUUUCGUCGACGUUCGAUGAAACCCAAGCAAAACCAAACAUCCCUGUGGAAAAUGGUGGCGACAGCACUGCAGUUCCAACGAUGGAACAUUUGGGUUCCCUUGCAGCACAUCCGACGUUGACGACCGAGCAACAUGAAACUCCUGUGCUUGCUGGGACCAUGGAUCGCUCGCUAGCUGCGUCCACCGUUACUGAAGCGUCAUCGUAUGCGGAUUCUGAAGCUACACUUGAAAACAUCCUGCGUUCUCAGAAUGAGACUCGAUUAAUGCUCGAUAAAGCGAUAAUAUCCUUAGAUUCGAUGAAUAAGGAGAGGAGCGAGAUGGUUGCCAAGUUAGCGUCAGUAAGUGAUCUAGAACUCGAAGUUGAAAAACUCAAAAGUCGUACCACGGAGUUGGAAAAAGAGAACAGCAUGUUACAAAAGCAGAAGGAAGCUGAGAUGGCUGAUAAAUUAGCAUCUGUUAAUGACUUGGAGCUCGAAGUGCAAAAACUUAGAGGUCAAGUUGCCGAUUUGGAGAAGCAAAACAGCAUGUUGCAAAAGCAGAAUGAGAAUGAAAAGAAAGUGAAGGUACUCAAGAAAAGUGCAGAGAUAGAGGAGAAGAAAACCAGCCUCAAAACUUCUUCAUUGGAACAAAAUGUGCUACAGCUGCAGCAGCAGCUUCAUGAUAGAGGAGUCGAGUCGGACACGCGUGCCAAAGCGCUGAUUGAAGCAACGAACGAACUUGAAUCAGCUUACCGAAAGAUUGCUGAUCUGACCGACUCACGAGACAAGACUGAGUUUGAACGUAUCAAGCUAAGGGACAAACUGGAUGAAACAUAUGCUUUACUGGUCGCUGAAAGGGAAAGAGUAUCAGUUACAGAAGAUCAGCUUCGAUCAUUCCAGUCUGCAGGUGGAAGUGGUUUCAACAUGUCAAUGAUAAAUGAAGAGGCGGUUGUACGAGAAAUGCGCGAUAAGGCGGAGUAUGCGAAGUUGUUGGAAUCAGAGUUGGAGAACACUCGUCAGAAGCUUGAAGACGUGACCAAGGAUUUGAGAACACAUGAAGAAAUCAUAAAUGUUUUGAAAGAGGAAGAUAUGGAGGGCAGGCGCGUAAUCGCAGAGAAGGAAAGGAAGAUCAAUGAACUCGAAGAAAUGGUCCGUAGUAUGGGUUUGGAACGUGCUGAAGUGAAUCACUCAGAAACGCAUUGUUGGAUAACUUCAUGCUCAUUCCCCGUCAUAACUGCAGUCAUCAUAGUCCUAUUAUGUAUAGUGAAUUAUUUUGAUUACCUUAUGCAUUUCGAUAUGUAUAUUUCUGAACUUUUGUUGCGCAAAUAA